AUGGGAUCUAUUAGAGUCUUACAGGCAAAUGUAAACCGAAAUAAGGAGACUACUGAAGCUCUCCUUAAUUACGCUUUAGAGAUUAACGUCAACCUAAUUCUUAUACAAGAACCGUGGGUUUUAAUCUCCUCUAAUCCCUCUGACACUCGAUCUAUAAACCAUACCUCAUUUAUCCAAACUCUCCCGGAAACUCCUACUGGAUUAAGGCCACGCGUACUAGUUUAUACCUCUCGGUUCUUAACCGACACGCAGGUUAACUUUAGGGCCGACCUCUUCGCUUCCACGGAUACAAUGGUUCUAGAUAUACUACAAGGAACAAGCCAAUUCCAACUAGUUAACCUUUAUAACCAACCGAACCAGCGAGAACCCGGUUCUCCCUAUACAAUAGAACGCGACCCCCGCUCUCCUCAAGGACCACGCGCACAAGAGCUAGUAGACUGGCUCGAAUCUAAUAACCUAAGCCUCCUAAAUAACCCGGGAGAGGGUACCUUCUUCCGGCCGCAUCUAGAGCGCGAAACGGUAAUAGAUUUAACACUUGCUUCCCCUUCUUUAGCAAGAAGAGUAAACGGCUGGCAAACUACCCCGAGCCUCGGUUCGGACCACCGCCCUAUUCUAUUUACUAUCGACCCAGAAACCCGCUCUACCAAAUCGACUGAGCCAACAACAACCCGGUUUAAUACACGGAGGGCCAACUGGCCUAAAUUUCGAGAAAUAGUACAACAUCAAUUAGAGACCCUAGUAGAUAAUGCCCUACAAGACGUCAACCUACUAGGGCCACCUAGUAAAAUAUCUCGGGAAAUAGUUAACGGAAGUAACCUUACUAUCCCGGCGCUCGACGAGCUAGGUAGAAGCUUAGAACAAGCAAUAACCUACGCCGCGGAUACUACUAUUCCACGUGUCAAACCAGGAGCUCGGUCCAAAGCGUGGUGGUCAGAGGAACUUACCAACCUCCGACGCGCCCUAGGACGCGCUGAUAGACUAUACUCUCGCCUCCCAACCCCUACGCAUAGGGAACAAUACUGCACAAGACGUAAUACCUUUCUCUCAGCGGUAAAGAGAGCUAAACGAACGC